AUGGUCGAAAUCAAGGUGUUGAAGAGACCAAGGUCUGAAGCUGUGGUUACACAGCGGAAGUUUUUCAAGAAAACCGCACGCGGAAAAGUCAUUAAAGUCCUCCGCGAACGAUAUCUACGAGAUGACGUAGCAUGCGGAAUUGAAGGAUGUCGCGAAUGCGACCAAGGUGUCCUUCCUGCCUCUGGCGAUAAAAACCACCCAGCAUUUCCCAAUGGUCAUUUCAUUUUGCCGGAUACGAAUGUGUUCCUAUCACAGAUGGACCUCGUCGAAUCUCCUCUUUUUAAUCCACCCAUUAUCCUGUUACAAACUGUGCUCGAGGAAGUCCGACAUCGUUCUCUGCCAUUGUAUAACCGUCUCAAGGCUCUAACAAAAGCGGAUGACAAGAAAAUUUGGAUCUUUUACAAUGAAUAUCGAUCCGAAACAGCAAUCAUCAGAGAAGAAGGCGAAACACCGAACGACAGAAAUGACCGAGGUAUCCGAAAAGCCACUGCAUGGUAUAAUGAACACAUCAAGCUUAGUCGACCGCCUAUUCGGGGCCAACCUACUCCUCAAAUACCGACUGUAGUAUUGAUGACAGAAGAUUCAGACAAUCGACAGAAGGCGGAGAAAGCUGGAAUUCCUGCUUCUUCAGUGCGAAAAUAUGUUCAAAGCAUGAAAAAUUCAACGCAAUUAUUGGAUCUUCUGUCCGCAGAAGGUUCAAGCGAAAUUGAGCCAACGAAAGCUGUGGCAGGUCGCCAAUCCUUGUAUCCGGAGUAUCUUCCGACAUCCACAUUAUUGGCAGGGGUCAAAGCAGGAGAGCUGCAUCAAGGGCAUUUCAAUGCAAAUCAAUAUAAUUAUUUGGAAGGCAGCGUGCAUGUUCCUGCAUUCACCAAACCAGUAUUGCUUGUUGGUCGAGAAAAUAUGAACAGAGCAGUCGACGGAGAUAUCGUAGUUGUGGAGGUUUUCGAGGAGAAAGAAUGGAAGGCUCCGGGGGAUGAGGUAGUGGAUCAAGACUCAACUCUAAAAAAUGAUGAUGCAGAAGAUUCGGCUGACGAAGGGGAUGUUGAAGACCAUGAAGUUCUCGUAAAGGAAUCCAAAUUUGUCGAGACCACAGAAAUCAGAGGCCACGAUAAGCAACCGACAGGACGGAUCGUGGGCAUUAUCAAGCGAAACUGGCGAGCUUAUGUGUGCCACAUCGACAGUACCUCUCUAACAUCUUCCAAUGCAACCUCUUUGUCUCAACAAACCGUCUUCGCCACCCCUGUCUCUCGUCUUCUUCCGCGCAUCCGCCUACGUACCCGUCAAGCACCCUCGUUGAUUGGGCAAAAAAUUCUAGUUACAAUCGACCGUUGGGACGUCACUUCACGAUAUCCUGAGGGUCACUUUGUACGUUCGUUGGGAAAAGUUGAAAGCAAGGAAGCCGAACAAGAGAGCCUGUUGCUGGAAUUCGAAGUGCCGUACCGGCCUUUCGGAAAGGCAAUUUUGGAUUGCUUACCAGAAUUAGGAGACCAAUGGGUGGUUCCUCCUAAAAGCGAUUCUAGCCCAGAGUGGAGGGACAGAGAAGACUUCAGAGAUUUAAUUAUCUGCAGUAUUGAUCCUCCGAACUGUCAGGACAUUGACGAUGCCUUGCACGCCAGACCGUUGCCAAACGGGAAUAUCGAAGCUGGUGUCCAUAUCGCGGAUGUAUCGCAUUUCGUGCAUGCUGACACUCCCAUGGACAGCGAGGCUGCGUCAAGAGGAACAACUGUUUAUCUUGUAGAUAAGAGGAUUGACAUGUUGCCAUCACUUCUUGGGACAAAUUUGUGCUCGUUACGACCUUUUGUUGAACGCCUUGCGUUUUCGGCUAUCUGGGAAAUGACGCCUGAUGCAGAAAUUGUGAACGUCAGGUUUACAAAGUCUGUUAUCGCGUCGAAGGCUGCAUUCACUUAUGAGGAGGCUCAGAUUCGUAAAGACGAUCCCCAUCGUCAAGACGAGCUCACUCAAGGCAUUCGUCUCCUUAACUCGCUUGCACAAAAGUUGAAAGCGAAACGCAUGGCGGCGGGUGCUCUCAAUCUGGCUUCGCCUGAGGUCAAAAUCCAACUAGACAGCUCAGAGUCAUCGGAUCCCAUCGACGUUGAGCAAAAAGAACUCAGAGAAACAAACAGCCUUGUAGAAGAAUUCAUGUUGCUUGCCAAUAUUAGUGUCGCCAAAAAAAUAGAAGAAACGUUCCCUCAGACUGCCGUCCUAAGGCGACAUUUGCCACCUCCACGAACUAACUUCGAGAAGCUUCAAGAUAUUCUGAUGAAGAGAAAGGGUAUGCCUCUCGAUGUCUCGAGUUCAGGUGCACUUGCUGCGUCUCUGGAUCAAUGUGUUGACAUCAAUGAACCAGCCUUCAACACCCUGGUCCGUAUCAUGGCUACUAGAUGUAUGUUAUCUGCAGAAUAUUUCUGCUCUGGAAGUGUUGGAAAGGACACUUUUGGACAUUACGGUCUCGCAAGCCCAAUUUACACGCAUUUUACGAGUCCAAUCCGACGUUAUGCAGAUGUAUUAGCCCAUCGUCAACUGUCAGCUGCCAUUGGCUACUCGCCGCUACAUGCCUCGCUACACUCAAAGCAACACGUUGAACGCGUGUUGGACGUGGUGAAUCGCAGACAUCGUAUGGCACAGAUGGCAGGGCGUGCCAGCGUGGAAUUUUAUGUUGGAUUGGCGCUCAAGGCUCGUGGAGAGAGGGAGAAGAAAAAUUCAGCCGAGGUGAUUGAAGAGGCAUUCGUGAUCAGAACGUUCAGGAAUGGGCUUGGUGUCUUUGUGUCAAAGUUGGGUAUUGAGGGUUUGGUGAUGUUCAAGAAGGAUAUGCAAUUCGAUGCCGAGAAUUAUACGAUCACUGUGGGCACGACAACCCUCGCCGUGUUUGACAAGGUAAAGGUUCGCAUAGAAGUAGAAAAAGACAGGAAUACACAGAGGGGACGGGUCAAGAUGAGCUUGGUGCAUCCCAUUGAUUCUGCGGACCUGUAA